AUGAAGUCUGUAAGUUUCUAUCUAUCUAUCUAUCUAUCUAUUCCUAUCUAUCUAUCUAUCUAUCGUUGGCCAUCGUCCAGUUCUUUCUUUCUUUCUUUCUUUCUUUCUUUCGUUGGCCAUAGUCCAUCCAGUUCUUUCUUUCUUUCUUUUCUUUCUUUCUUUCUUUCUUUCUUUCUUUCUUUCGUUGGCCAUAGUCCAGUUCUUUCUUUCUUUUUUUUUCUUUCUUUCUUUCUUUCUUUCUUUCUUUCUUUCUUCUUUUAUUUAUCUAUCUAUCUAUCUAUCUAUCUAUCUAUCUAUCUAUCUAUCUAUCGUUGGCCAUCGUCCAGUUCUUUCUUUCUUUCUUUCUUUCUUUCUUUCUUUUUUCUUUCUUUCUUUUAUCUAUAUAUCUAUCUAUCUAUCAUCUAUUCAUCUAUCUAUCUAUCUAUCUAUUCAUCUAUCGUUGGCCAUCGUCCAUUUCUUUCUUUCUUUCUUUCUUUCUUUCUUUCUUUCUUUCUUUCUUUCUUUCUUUCGUUGGCCAUAGUCCAGUUCUUUCUUUCUUUCUUUCUCUAUCUAUCUAUCUAUCUAUCUAUCUAUCUAUCUAUCUAUCUAUCUAUCUAUCUAUCUAUCUAUCACAUCUAUUUAUCGAUCUAUCAUUCGUUAAUCAUUACUUAUUACUUUAUCCCCUCCAUUCAUUCGCUUAGAUAUUCGUUCACGCCGCUUGUGCCAAACUUCGAAAGCCCGGGCCGUUUAUCUAUCUAUAUCAAUCUGCUCUUAUCUGUAUGUCUUAUCUGUCUGUCUCUGUUCUUAUCUAUCUAUCUAUCUAUCUAUCUAUCUCAGUCUGUUCAUAUCUAUCUCAGUCUGUUCUUAUCUAUCUCUCUGUCUGAUCAUAUCUAUCUAUCUAUCUAUCUAUCUAUCUGUGUGUGUGUCUGUAUGUUCAUAUCUAUCUCUCUGACUGUUCAUAUCUAUCUCAGCCUGUUCAUAUCUAUAUAA